AUGUCGACAACAAUCAAUCUCGAUUCCAUCAAUGAUGAGAAUGAUCCAGAUGCUACGCAGGGGGAAGCAGACAUCUUUCAAAUCCUAAAACAGGGAUUGAGUUCUGAAGCUGAUUCUGCGACCGGAGCAGCCCAGUUAGCCGAAUCCUUGCGGGUAUAUAUUCAUGACCAAGCAGCUGGAUCUCGCAAAGUCGCCAAUGACCUGCUUUGGGAUCUUUGGCCAUUGCUAGUGCAAGUGGUAACAUUUUUGCCCAUCGAUCACCCAUGGCAAGAUUGCCUCAUAACGACGGUUGAUAAGUUACGGCGCGAGGGUGGCCGUAUUAUAGCCUCCGAUGAUAGUGAGCAGUGGGCAGACUUGCCUGGACUUAGCAUGUACCUUGUCGACAAAUGGGCAGAUCCCUCAAAGAUAGGCGACUCUACUUCUGAAGAUGUUGAAGCUUGGAAGCGCUUGAAUUCAUUUGCUUCCCGCCUGCUAGCUGACGACUUCAGGCACUGGAUUCCAUUGGCCUGGUGGGAGAUUACUGCCGGCCUGGAGACUGCAUCGCAAGAUCCGACCGAGUUUGAGUGGAGGUUGUGGGUUGUGACUGAAUGGCUGAUUCAAUGCGGUGACCUCUUGUUCAAGGACCUGAGCUCCCCCGAAGAGCUAGACUCAGGGGUUCUGGCUUCUGUCAGGCCUGGCCCCUUAUGUGCAGACGUCCACCCAAUGAGUCUCCAGCGAUGGGAGUUCUGGCUGUCAAGACUGAUGGAGCUCAGUAGCGGGAGAUAUACAGUGGAAGGGGGUUCAAAGGAGGUUGAACUGAGCGCUUCAUCCAUAUCCCGCAUCGAACAGGCUAUUGGUGCGAUGCGCAGACAUGCGUCAAGCAGUAAUGCGCAAGAUCAAUCUUGA